AAACGACUUAAUUUAUUUGAAGACAAACAAGUGUGGUUAGGUAGACAUAUAUAAGAGCCGACGCCCCGCCCACCGUUCCACCGAAACUCCACCUACACGACGUUUAGUCUCGCGCUGACGCACUACCAUCAGACAGGUAAAGGUGAGCUGAUCGUUUCCUGCUCGAGCAUCGCUGCCAUGGCUGAGUCACAGUUAACAUGCAUGGACGAUGAACACGUUAACGUGAAGAUACCGGAAUCUAAACCGGAGUUUUAUUACAGCGAGGAGCAGCGGGCCGCGCUCGAGCAGCUUAUGAAAAACGGCGACGGCGCCUUUAAGAUGCGACUAAAAGAGGAUAACGUUAAGGACUUUCUGUCCGCCAGAGAAAUCAAAUGGAUGCGGGACACCUUACAGGAAUAUGACAGUGACUCUGAUACCUGUUGCUCACAGUCGGUCCAUGAUACGAGUGAAGACUCAGGUGUGCAUUCGACCUACUGGCCGACCAUGUCUGAUACCGAGAUCCCUCCGCUGGACAUCGGUUGGCAUGGUAACGACUAUUACAAAGGGGUGACCCGGGUAUCGGUUUACACCCACCCACCCAAAUCGAAGAGCCCGCAUAUUAAAGAGGUGGUGCGCAGACUUAUUCAGGAAUCUACAAAGUUGCUGGCCGUGGUCAUGGAUCUGUUUACAGACUUGUUGAUCCUGCAGGAUCUCUUUGAUGCUGCAAGUAAGCGAGGGGUUGCUGUGUACUUGCUGCUGGAGGAACACGGCUUGCCGCACUUCCUGGACAUGAGCAGCAGGUUGCAAAUUUCUGCACAUCAGCUAAGGAACCUGCGGGUCCGCACAGUAAAGGGCACAGGGUUUGCCCUAUCCUUUGGUCGUCUUCCAGGUUCGCUCUGCUCCAAGUAUAUGUUGGUCGAUGGAGAGAAAGUGAUGUUUGGAUCUUACAGCUUUACGUGGAGCUCCUCCAGAAUGAACCGUAACACAAUCACUGUAAUGUCAGGACAAGUGGUGGACUUCUUUGACAAUGACUUCAGAGAACUGUACGCCGUGUCCGAUAAAGUGGAUUUAUAUCGGGAGUUUCACAUCGUCAAGCCACCCCUACCCGCUACUGUGCUGAAAACGCAGAUAGAACCCAAAAGACUUCCAGUGACCACAUCUCGUUUCCAGGUUUCUCUGGAGGAUACCAAAAAGACGGACCUAAAGGUUCCUGCACAUAAAUACCACAAUCCUAAGUACUCUUUGGUUGUCGGCAACAGUCUAGGUAUAACUGGUUCACUGCAAGAUCUUUCUAUCUUGAGGGACCAUGACGACCACACCACUGCCGACAGUAUAAAUUCCCAGUCCCCAGAUGAGACAGUGGACGGUAAGGGCGAUGGGAAAAAACUCUCUUCAUUUGGUUCUAAAAAACAGCGCAGUUCCUUUAGAAAUUUCUUGAAAGGCCGGGCAAACAACCCGAGUCCAGAUACAAUCUCUAAAGCGGCCAAUCAAAGCAUAGAUCCAAAAGAGAUCAGUUAUAACAAGGUCACUAAGAUAACCAACACUUCCAGUGACGCAUCUUGGUUGGUCAAUCAGAUCAGAGAAGAUGCAUCGAAACACAUUAAUCCCACAUCUAUUCAUAAGAUCUCAGAGACUGACAGCACGGGAGAACUUGAGGACACCUUUGAGGUAAUAACAAGUCCAGCGGAUGUGAAGUUUAAAAGCAAAAAGAGCAAAAUGGGUCCGAGAAGUUCUUCUCUUCAGGUUAUUCCUACAUGCGGCGAUGAUGGCCUGAGAGGGCGGAGGCGUACCCAGAAGAAAGCUUGUAUUCAGUCCUGACAAGUCAUUAUGAGGAUUCAACAUGAACGUGUGCUUGCAAAUCAAGACUUUAGAUAAUAGGAAAGUUCAACAAGAAUAUUAACAAUUUAUGCAGAAACAUUCAUGAGGGAAUUUCCCACAUUAGGUUCACUUCCAACAAUGGUCCAAACAGGAUAGGACAAGGUGUGGAUAGUGAUUAUGCAUAAAAUAUAUCAUGCUGUAUUACAGGAAUUUCAUGCAGGAAAAUGUGAGGUUGUUGUUAUAAUAGCCUGAUACCGCUGUGAUAAAUUAAUGACUGAAACAUAGUCCACAUACGGAGGUCAUGUGACCUCCUGCCUUAGUGAUAGACUGGAUAGGUGGACAGUAAGUGUUUGAUGUUUGAGCAUGUAUGUAGGCUAUUCACUUUUUGAAUAUCACAAAAAUUUCCUCUGUAGAUGCACAUGAUCGCUGCUCUACUUAUUCACUCAAUCAGAAAAAGGAGGAAAAAGGUGCACCGCAAAGUUGACAGAUAAGCAACUAAGUGAAACAUGAAAGUGUUUGAUCAGUUACUGUGAAGCUUGUUAGUUUGCUGAAAAUGCAACCUGGAUGUUUUUAGGCUGUGUGUCAGCAGUGGAUGAUUAAUUCAUGUUAUUUCAAAAACAAAUGCUGAUACACUUUGUACAUUUUCUUAAAAAAAAAAAAAAUGUGAUUCCCCUGUGGCACUGAAAUAAUAGAUGUUAAGCAUCUAGUGUGAAUGCCAAUAAAUGAAAGGCCGUAUGGUCUUAAAUAAACUUCUAUUUCCCUUUACGUUUUAUCUUUUGAUGAGCCGUGAUCUUGCGAAACAUCUGCUUGUGAGAAAUGACAAUGAACCUCAUUUGCAAAUGCGCAUUUAUUUAAAUUUAGAUGUGAAGUGCCUAACAGCUACUAUUAUACAAAUGAUCAGGUUCAUUAAUGUUGUAGACGCACGAAGAAAAACAUCAGCAAACAUGAGUCGUGUCUGUGUACGGAGAGUGGUAUCCGUAAUACUCAGUUCAGUCAGUGACAUCAGAGAUAAGUCAACAGCUCUGUUUGGCUAACGCAGGUGCGACAUUUGCUCUCCCUUGUUUGUCAAGAGUGUCCUUAUUUCUGUAGCUAACGCAUAUGUGAAACCAUUACACGUGUGGGUACAUCUUGCAAGUUCGCAAAACAAUUUCCUGUGAGAAAUUUUCAUUUACCAUUUUUGUUACUGUACAUAUUCAAACCUGG